AUGGCUGGCAAGCCUCAGUCACGAUGGGGUUUUCUACAACAAGCCGUCGCUUCAGUGGAGUCUAGGUUGGACAACAUUCUAGCAGAAGAGAACGACUCGCCCGCUCCUAAACGAAAUCCACCCUCUUCAUCACAACCUCUAAAGGAGUCCGCGCAUUCCAAGAAGUUAUCUUCCGAUCUCUCUAGAAGUAGCAGCAAUGCUUCAGUCUCAAAUGACCGCCUACAAGAGCGCCUUGCGAAAGCAAUGGCCAAAAAGAACCUCAGCCGACCUGAAAGCCCGGCGGCCCGACCAUCCUCCGCCACGCCAUCUGACUUGAAAGACGAUGCGAUAGCAAAUCUCGCGGAUGGGGGGAGAAAUGAUGAAAAAUCGACCUCGGAUUCCAGCCCUCUGCAAGGUGCACCGAGCAAGUCCUUCGACGGUUCUGGGGCUGUCUCCCCAAAGCCAGGCGAUGUGCUCUUAGACAUCGCUAUACCCGUUGAAUCAGCUGAGGUAGACGAGGCCCCGACCGAGAAUACCGAUGUUGCCAAUUCUGUGGUCCUCGAAUCCGAUGCCAUCACACCCGUAGCGGAGUCUGAGGAGAACACUCAACUUGCUCCGCUCCAGCCGUUGUUGGUUGAUGCCGAGCGGAAAAGUGAGGACACACGCCGGAGAUCAUCCUCCGACGAGAACGUUACGAUUGUAAAGCUGCAAGAUGAAAUCAAUGGCUAUAUCGAAAGAAUUGACGCUCUUCAGUCAAAGCUCAAGUAUCUUAGCAAAGAGGCAGCAGUGUCUGCCAAACAAGCAGGGGCAGCCGCCCAGUCUGGUAGUCUAGAGAAAAAAAUUCUCGAAAAGGAUGAAAAGAUCGCGUUAUUGAUUGAAGAAGGGCAGAACUUGUCCAAAUUAGAGAUGAAGCACUUGGCAACUAUUAAAAAGAUGCGCACCCAAGUGUUAGCCGACAGCAAAGAUCGGGAAACCAUGAAGGAUCGUGCAGACAAGGCGGAAGGGGCACUGCGGACUAUGGAGGACCGAGCAAGGAAAGCCGAAGCUGCAACCAAACGAGCGGAGCAAGCUCUCGCAACAAAUUCAACAAAUGCAACCGAUUUUGAAGCCAUUCGCAGAGAAAGGGAUGCGCUGCACGCCACCAUUGCGGACAUGAAGUCUCAACUAAUCAAGGCAAACUUGCGGGCCGAGGCUGCAGAAACAAAGGCUCAGUCAGACCUGGUCGAGAAGGAGCGAAGAAAGGCAGCCGAGUUACAAGAUGACUUGACCAGUGCAAAGGUCGAAAGAGAGAUCUCGGAAGAGAAAUUGCGAAGAGAGAUCACAGAUUUGCAGGCUGCCCUGGGAAGAGAGAAGGAACAAACUCGAGUGAUGGAAAGUGAAAUGCUUGGUGAGCAGGCCACAUUAGAAAGCAAGCUCGAAUCUUUUCGCGUUCGCGCCGAGGAAGCCUCAUCGGCAGACCACGGCCAUGUCCAAGCCAAGCUGCUCCGACAAAUCGAGACCUUACAAAGCCAAUAUUUGACUGCCAGCCAGAAUUGGCAAGGCAUUGAGAGCACCCUUCUCGGCAGGAUCACAAAUCUCGAAAAAGAACGUGACGAGAUUGCGGGAAGGGAGGCCGAGCUGCGGAAGAAGCUGCGGGAUGCUACAGUCAAAGCCAAGAAUGCGGAUCGCGACCUAGACACUCUCCAGAACAAGUAUAUGGAGAUGGAUAAGACAGCCGCCGAAGACAGCGCAGAAAUCCACCGGCUCACUCGUAAGACGACACAGCUCGAGACAGAUCUAGCCACAGCCAGACAGGACCUCCAGGAGCAAAAGCUAACUGCCGAGCGAGAGCUACAACGGAGAUUGGAUGAGGAAAGGGCAAAAUGGACUGCCUCCCUGCAUAUUCAGCGAACCGACUCUCCUGGAACCUCGAUCCGCAAGAAUAUCUCCAAUGGUAUGGGGCUGGACUUGCACCAUUUGAUGAGUCCCAUGCCGUAUGAACGGGGAAACAGUCGAAGAUCAUCUGUAAUGCCAUUUGAUUCCAAUACUCCACCACGCCAACAGUCCACAACUUCUUUUCGAGGUCUGGCUAACGGCUCUGUUGCGGAAACACCCUCUGUCGUCACAUCGAUAGAUGCCGAUGAUUAUUUUGCCAACAUUCCUCCUACGCCUCUAUCUGCAAGUCAUCACUCUCAUCGUGGUCUCAAUGAGCUUGUAUCGACCUCGACAGUUGGCGCGGGACCUUCAGUCCAGCUCGUUGAGCGAAUUUCUGCAAAUGUUCGCCGCUUAGAGAGUGAGAAAGCCGCAUCUAAAGAUGAGCUCUCCCGCAUUACCGGCCAACGUGAUGAGGCUAGACAAGAAGUCGUCAACCUGAUGCGCGAGGUGGAGGAGAAGCGAAAGAUCGAGGAACGUCUCCAGGCUCUCGAGAGAAAACAUGUCGAGGUGACUGAGAGGCAUCGCACCACUUUGGAGCUGCUGGGCGAGAAGAGUGAGCAGGUGGAGGAACUCAAGGCGGAUAUUGUUGAUGUGAAACAAAUGUAUCGACAGUUGGCAGAUACCAUGAAAUGA